UGAUUUCCCAUCCCGGACAUGACAAGCAGCUGAGCUCGCCCGGUGCACACGGCCCUCCCAUCCUUCCACUCUACUCCCACCAUCCUCCGCGUUCUUGCAUUGACCGUACACAAUGGCCGACCGUCUUGCGCAAGUCUCUGGGCACCUCACGAACACGUACGGGCGCGGUCUCCUAGUGGGCGAGGUCGCGAUCAUCACGGGUGACGCUGCUCUGUUGUUCGCAAAGGAGGGUGCGAAGGUCGUCGUAUCAGAUUUGGACGAGAAGAAAGCCCAGGUCGUCGUCGACGAGAUCAAGGCGGCUGGCGGGGAUGCCCUCGCAGUCGGUGGGGACGUCGGUGCGGAGGACUUCCCACAGAAGGUCCUGGAAGCCACCAUCAAGAAGUACGGCAAGCUCAACCACAUCGUGAACAAUGCGGGAUUCACCUUCGAUCGCAUGCUGCACACAACUCCGGACGACGCGUUCGACAUCAUCAUUAAGGUGCACGUCCGAGCGCCAUUCAGACUCGUCCGCGCUGCUGCUCCGUACAUGCGUAUCAAGGUCAAAUCGUCUAUCAUCAACGUCUCGUCUGUUUCCGGUCUGCACGGGAGCGUCGGUCAAAUCAACUAUGCGGCUGCGAAGUCGGGCGAAUGGGGGUUGUUCGGCGUCCGCGCCAACACCGUCGCCUUUGGCUUCGUCCAGACGCGGUUGACCCAGGCGAAGGAGGAAGGCGCGAGCAUCGAGAUUGACGGGAAGAAAGUCGCGCUCGGUAUCCCGAAGGCACAGAGCGCGGGUGCAGGGACGUCGGCAAUCCCUUUGGGGCGCGCCGCGACACCGGAUGAGGCUGCUGCUGCGAUGCUCUUCCUUGCAUCCCCGCUGGCUUCCUAUGUCUCUGGCCACACGCUCGAAGUCACCGGUGGGCAGGGUAUCUAAAUACGACUUGUUGCAAAUUUGUUGUGUUGUUAGCCGCACUGUGUACUUACUCGGACUCCAGCGCAUCGUGACAAUAUCUACAGAGGUCUCGGAGAUCUUCUCGGGAGGAGUAUUGCGCUGAUCGCAAACGCAACACGAUCGCAGUUGGCCGAAGCACGGCCGAAAACUGAAUGACGGGGGCUUCGCGUCGCUUGGGA